CCAGGAAAAAUAGUAGAAUUUUCAACCUGAGGAACGUUAACACAGUGUCUGAUCUGCGAUUGCCGAUGCAGACGUUAAAUAUCGAGGAGCUUUCAUCGAAAUAUCGCCACAUGAAGAAGCUACCCGUAUGCAACUACACCGAAGUUACUCCAGAGCUACUGAUUGCCAGUGAUGGAUGGAAGGGUCCGGCGGUAAUCAUGACCAAGCUAGGUUGGGUCGUGUACGGUCCUACAGAAAGAGGACCGAUCGAGAACAUACACCAGGUGUUUUAUACGGACAUAGACCAUAGUCAGGGCGCUGCAUCAGUUAGUGGAAGAGUUCGUGGCCAGUGAAGACCUGGGCGUCCGAUGCGUCGAGACGGUCGAAAGCGAAGAUGUUAAGAGAUCCAAGUUUAUUCUGGAAAGUACGACGGUCCGUAAGGGCGAGCGUUACGAGACUGGACUUUUAUGGAGACGGGAAGAUCCACAGUUGCCGAAUAGUCGACCAAUGGCUGAAAAACGAUUGAUCUUACUGGAGAAGAAAUUCGAACGUGAUGACGAUCUCAAGAGAGAGUAUGUGCGCGUUAUGGCAGAAUACCUGGAAAAGGGCUACUCUAGGGAACUUCAUGAGGACGAAUUAUCUGCUGAAAGUGACCGGACGUGGUAUCUUCCUCACUUCGCAGUACACAACCCAAACAAACCAGGAAAAUUUCGACUCGUGUUCGAUGCUGCGGCGAAGGUCGAUGGUUGCUCCCUUAACUCUGCGUUAUCAAGCGGACCUGAUCAGUGCCAGCCUCUACCAGCGGUCUUAAUGAAAUUUCGCCAGCGAGGGAUCGGGGUACGCGCGGAUAUCGUCGAGAUGUUUCACCAGGUGAUGAUGCGAGAGAGUGAUCAGGCAGCGCAAAGAUUCCUUUGGAGAGCAAACCCAGACGAGCCAAUCAAGGAGUACGCAAUGGCGGUUAUGACAUUUGGAGCAACUUGCUCGCCUUGCUCAGCGCAGUACGUAAAAAAUAGUAACGCUCUGGAGUUCACGGAAAGAUUUCCGGAAGCCGUCAGCGCUAUCCUCAACAACCAUUACGUCGACGACCUAGUUCAUUCAUUUACCUGUGAGUGCGAUGCCCUGAGAAUCCUUCCUGAAAUCGUGUGGAUACACAAGAGAGCCGGAUUCGACCUAACACGCUUUGUUUCUAAUUCCCGGCUGGUUAACCAAAGAUUCAACGAUGACGCAGAAAAGCCUAAAGUCUUUAGCCUCGAUAAGGAAGCUGGGACAUUUCAAAAGGUGCUUGGUAUGUGCUGGGACACUGGUAAGGAUGCACUGCGUUUCGCAACAGCGAUCGACAAGAUUGACAGAAACUUACUGAAUGGAAUGGCUAAGUGUCACCAUGUCUAUCUUCGAUCCGUUCGGCCUAGCAGCAGAAUGUUCCUUGGUAGCCAAGCUAAUCUUGCAACUGACUUGGAGGAAGCGGGUCGAGUGGGACGACGUGAUACCAGUGGAUCCAGGAGUUCUUUGGAGAAAAUGGGUGGCGAUGCUCGAAGAUUUGGUCAACCUCAGCGUUCCGCGAUGUUACAGCACCUCGUUCAUGGGCGUUCCAGUGGAACUGCACAUAUUUGCAGACGCCAGUGAGCUGGCUUAUGCAGCGGUCGCCUACUGGAGGAUUAUGGAAGCAUCCGGGUCGG